AUGACAGUUGGCAAGGCAAUCCUUGAAUCUCUUUCGGGUGAUGCUGAAAUACUUGAUGAUAUAUGGGAAGAUGGUCCUGACAAGUGUGAACAAUUGGGGCAUUCUCUAUUAGGUGGUUUGCCAGGAAGUAAAAUUUUGGUGACCACGCGUAGUGAGAUUGUUGCAGGGAAUAUGGGCUGCACUAGAAAUAAUGUACUUCAGGAUAAUGAAGAGCGUGCGCGAUUAGAAAGUAUUGGUAGGUACAUUGUCGAGAAGUGUGAUGGUUUGCCUCUUUCUGCAAAGGCUCUAGGAAGCCUUUUGCGUUUAAAAAGUUCAGUGCAGGAAUGGAGUAAUGUGUUGGAUAAAUUGAGACAAUGUUUCUCAUAUUGUGCCAUCUUCCCCGAGGAUUACAAGAUAAAAAAAGAUCAGUUGAUUGAAAUGUGGAUGGCUCAAGAAAUCCCAUCCUCCAUAAGUAAGUUAAUACAUCUGAGGCAACUUGACUUGUUUGGUAAUCUUGAAAUGGAAAAGUUGCCGGAAAAUGGAGGAAAUUGCCAUAGCAGCUGUGAGUAUCUACCUCCCGUGUGGAAGUUGCCAUCCCUUGAGAAGCUUAUUUUGGAAGACAUGGAAGGUGUUAAAAGGUUGGGUGUUGAGUUUGUUGGAAUGGAGACUCAAUCGUCAUCACCCGUUGUUGGAUUCCCGAAGUUGAAGCAUCUCAUUUUUAAUGGGAUGAGUAAUUUGGAAGACUGGGAUAGCGUGGCGAUGAGCAAUUUGGCCACCAUACUGCAUUGCCCAAAACUGAAUGCAUUGCCAAACUAUCUUCUCCAAAUGACAACAUUAGAGAAACUAUCAAUCUAUGAGUGCCCCAUUCUGGAACAGCAAGAGAGUGGAUAA